AAAAUUACUAGAAAGACAAUUAUACCUCUAUGUACCUUUCUAGAUCCGCCUCUAUUAAUGUUCUUUUCAAAUUAAGCCAAAUUUUGUUAGGCUCAUGACAACCACAAUCAAAUAAACUCCAUAUCACCAAUCCACCUCAAUUCACAACCAAACCACACAACCUAUACAAUCCAAUCAUGCAAUCACUUCACAUGAACAUCAUGAACUAUAAGAUAUGAACUUAUUGAACAUUUGAACUACAUAUAGUCCUCCACUCCUCCCUACGUGACAAUAUUUUUUUAUUUUGUUUUUUUAUUGAAAACACAAAACCCAAGAAAACACAAAAAGAAAAGUCACACUUUCACACUUUAUUACUUGACUCUCCCCACACACACUCCCCUCUCUUUUGACUUCCUCAUCAUCCACUCUCAUUUCCCUCCACAAUCACCCCCUUCUUUCAAACCAAACCACUCUCAAUUCUCAAACAUCCAAACACACAAACUAAACCCACUAUGAACCACCCCACCAAACCACCACACCACCCACCAUACCGCCACCCACCACCACCACACCAUCCACCACACCACCACCCACCACCACCACACCGCCGCCCACCAAAACCCCCCAAACCCAACCGAACCACCCUAGCCUCCUGCAUUGUAGCCACCAUCUUCCUCCUCUUCCUCAUCAUCAUCGUCUUCAUCGUUUACUUCUCCCUCUUCAAACCCAAAGACCCCACCAUCUCCGUCACCGCCAUCCAACUCCCUUCCUUCACUCUCUCCUCCAACGCUUCCGCCGUCAGCUUCACCUUCUCCCUCUACGCCGCCGUCAAAAACACCAACCACGCCGUCUUCUCCCACUUCGACAACUCCCUUCAACUCCUCUACGCCGGUAAUCAAAUCGGGUUCAUGUUCAUUCCCGCCGGAAAAAUCUCCGCCGGUAAUACGGAGUACAUUGCUGCAACGUUCUCCGUUCAGGCUUUUCCGAUCUCGAGAACGGGACCGGCGACGGCGCCGGAAGGGAAUAUUCCGGCGAUGGUGGGGAAUAUUCCGGUGACGGAUGGGAUAGAGAGAGUGAAGCCUACAAUGGAGCUUGAAAUGAGGUUGGAAAUGGUGGGAAGAGUGAGAGUUUUGUGGGUUAUUAGUCAUCAUGUUGAAAUUGGUUGUGAUUGUCGAAUUUCUGUUGCUGUUUCUGAUGGAUCUGUGCUUGGUUUCCAUUGUUAGAAGGGAAUUCUUGCUAACUUUACUGGGUUUUUUUUAGAAGGAAUGUUUUUUGGGAUUUGUGUUUUUUUUUUGGAAGGAAUUUUUAAUGGCGGAUUAGUUUAUUAGUUUGCUGUAAUUGUACAAAGUUUAACUUACUCCAUUGUAGAAUAUUGAAUUGGUUUUCAGUUUAAAUUUCACUAAUGUGGGAAAUGUUUUGCUCUUCUGUUCCUUGCUUAGCAUUGUUAUAAUCGAAGUACCCAACGACAACUAGUUUAGUUGGCUAAAAUCUCAACGUAUCUUAUUUGUUAUCAACAGCCGGUACGUGAUAGAAAUUUAUGUGUGUUUCAGCUUAUCAUACUCAUGAAUCUAACAUGAUACUCCUAAGAAGUUUACAAUGUAUUGGAAGAUAGGGAGCAUUACUACCUCACUAAUGGAGCUCGUAGUUUAAGGAAAUUUAGUUUCCAUUCAUCUUUUAGUA